UUUUGUGCCGGUGAAUUAAUUAGCACUUCCGGUGUUUACAACUAGGAGCCGAGCACCGUUGAAACCACAGGGCUGACUCCCCCAUGGCUCGUAAAACCAAUAUUUUAUGUUUUAAAACGACAUGUACUUGAGGUGCUAGGAUUCAUACAGUGUGACGCCCUUAAAUCUCCACAGUGGCCCUGGCAGCAGGGCUCCAUCCUCUGAAUCGGCUGAGGAAAAGUCUGCCAUUACAACAACUAUGAAGAAGAAAAGCAGACGUCCAAAGCCAUCGGAGGCUACGCAACAGCCCAGCAGGACGCGCUCCGCGGAGGCCGUCAGUGAGGACGAGAGGCCGCCUGGACUCAGAGGGAGACCUCGGAGGAGCAGGCCGGCGACCACGGACAGUUUGUACCACGCAUCCACAGCCGCAGAAGACAAGAGCGACAACUCACAGACACCUCCAGAGGAGAAGUCCAGGGCGUCAGCAGGCAGACUUUCAACGGCCCUCUGUCGCCUCUGUCAUGGCAAGUUCUCUCCACGCAGCCUGCGGCGCGCCUUCGACAAAUGGCCCCAGGACUCCAACGACGUGGAGUCGGACGCCGCCGUCCAGUCGCCCCUUCUGUUCCACGCGGACUUCCAGCGGCUGGUCGGGGUCCAGUUGGACCGCGACCCCCGCCUGUCGGAGUUCAUCUGCAAGAAAUGCCACUCCAAGUUCUACAAGUGCCACAGCAUCCUGCUCAGGUUUCUGCAGAGAGUCAACCUCCCACCUGUUGGGAAGGAUAACUUAAAAAGCUGGAAGAAGUGUUCAGAAGCCUCAACAACACCACAGUCCAUCUCCUCGGACCCUGAGUGCCUCCACCGCCUGGUGUCCUGGGCCCACCACCACGGGGAGGCCUGCCCCUGCUGCCCCAACCUGAGGGAGGUGCUGGAGGAGCGGUGCUGGGGCUCCGUCAAAGCCGUUUGGGGCUGCGUCGACGGCCACAGCUACGUCAUGGACGCUCAGUGCGCCGCGGCCCCCUACGCCGGGGACCUCUGCGGCGGGACGUUGGGGGGUGGCCCCGGUAGCGGAGGGAUUCUGGAGCAGGACGAUGAAGGGCAACCCAGCGGGAAUGGAAGUAUGGGCGCUCUGGCUCGGUCCAGUCCGCCUGCACUUCCUGCACAGACGGAGAGCUCUGCGCCGACGGACUGGACCGACAACACAGAAGACGUCACCAGUCACCAGGGGGCGUCUCCUGCUCCGGCCCAGCUGAAGGACAGGGCCGCUGACAGCGACGUGUCAGACAGGUUCAACUCUGAGGACGACUUUGAGGAGAGCCGAAGAGGAGACUUAUCCUACGACGAGAUGUUUGAGCCGUAUGCAGACGAGAGAGCGCGCAGGGUGACCGCCGCCAGCAAGAGAAGAAGAAGCCCAAAGGCUUUGGUGGAGGUCAAAAUAAAGAAAAAACCAGGGCCCAAACCCGGCUGGAAGAACAAGCUCAAACCUAAAGGAGAGGAGCUACCCAACAUCUACAAGUGUCCGUAUCAGGGAUGCACCGCCGUCUACCGAGCUCCAGAUGGCCUGAAGAAGCACAUCAAGGAGCACCACGAGGAGGUGAAGGAGCGACCCUGCCCUCAUCCCGGCUGCAACAAGGUGUUCAUGAUCGACCGCUACCUGCAGCGCCACGUCAAGCUCAUCCACACGGAGGAAAGGAACUACAUUUGUGACCAGUGUGGCCAAACCUUCAAACAGAGGAAACACCUCUCAGUUCACCAGAUGAGACAUUCAGGGGCCAAGCCACUACAAUGCGAGGUGUGCGGCUUCCAGUGUCGCCAGCGAGCGUCGCUCAAAUACCACAUGACCAAGCACAAGGCGGAGGCCGACCUGGAGUUUGCGUGCCUGAUGUGCGGAAAGCGCUUCGAGAAAGCCCACAACCUGAACGUGCACAUGUCCAUGGUGCACCCACUCAUUCAGGCCAAGGUUCAGAGAAGCAGCCAGCAGCAAGCCCCGCCCCCUCCUCCGUCUUACUCAGACCUGCACGCCAUAGCUCUGACCGGGGAGGUGGUUCAGCAAGACCACGACAGAUGACAGCGGGUCCAGAUGUGCUGAACAGGGACACGUGAAGAGUCUUUCCUCCACAUGUAACAGCACCGAGGAUCCAAGCUACCGAGUCAGCAGAUGGAACAGAACUCUGACAAAAAAUACAUCGGCUGUCCCAGACAAAAUGAUUUAGCGCUGACUGGACGGCUUUUAUUUCAUGGACUAUUGUUGCUAGAAUAUACAAGAAGCACUUCGCUGUGCAGAAUAAUUUCCUAGGAGUUUUAUGUCACUGUAUUCUAUUAAGUUAUUACAUUACUAUUGGUAUUGUAAACAGCUAAAAGGGCUUCUGAUAAUGUGUACAGUAAAGUCCUGUGUGAAUUAUGUAUAAAUAAAAUGUAGGAUUUUUUUUCUUUUUUUA